UUUAUUAUGAUUUUUAAUUAAUCCGAGCUACAGCUGAUUGUCGUGUAUUAUUGGAGUCGACUAUAAAUUGGCAUAUCGCAUGAUGUAUUAUAACAACCCUAUCGUGGUUGCGAACCACGAAUAUCGAACGGGGGCAAGUUUUACUACGCACGCGAUCACGCAGGAUCCAUCGUAAGAGCAUGUCUAAUCAAAGAUAGGACACGUGUGCAAUUAGUUAUAGACAGAAAGGCGAUACGAGAAUCGCUUAAGAUUGCCGUCAUUGAUUCCAAGGCCGCGUUAGCUAAUUUUGGUUUGCAGAAGAGAUAUAUGUAUACAUACAUCAUAUUUCUUCCGGUUCGGUGCAACGCGUCGAAUGCACGAAGAUUUCGCUUCACAGAAUGCAUGAAGUCAGUAGUUUCGAAAGUCUCUGAGACAUCGAAUCGUCGCUAUCCGAUGGAUGUACCCCUUUUUCCGCAACCACCGACUAUUGGAGGUGUCGCGACACCGACUUUCAGUGACGUUCCAAGCGUCGCGACGCUACCACGUGUUCCGGCAUUCGUUGCUGCAUCCGUGCACGAACGAUAUGCCGUACCUUUGCGAUCCCCCUCGGGCACCAGGAAGCGACGUCGCGUCUGCAGGAACUUAGUCCAUCCACGAAUCAAGACCGCGGUCCUCGUCAAGGAUGCUGCACCUCGUCGCAUUUCUGAACUUUGCAAGAGGAUGAUGGAGCAUCGCGUGAAAAAAUAUGAAGAGGACGAUGACGACGUCGUUUGCGGCAUCGAUAUUACGGAUACACCUACUACAAUAUCUUCCGAGAUUUCACCUCAUUUAAAAAACGGUAUAAUACGGACAAAAUGGACAAAGUCCGUAACUGUCCAGACCAUAGAAGGUUUACCUCUACGAUUAAGGAUUCUGCCAUCUCUCAGAGAUAUCGAAGAGGAUAAUGGAAAUUCUUCGAAGGUCUCGAGAUUUAGAAAAUAUCUGAGAUUUUUGGGACGAUUGUUGUUAUCGCAAUUGGGUCUUCUUUGGUUACUUGUGAUAUGGAUGGUAGCAGGUGCGGCGGCGUUUUGCGCCACGGAAGGACCUCGUGAGCGCGAACAGGUCGUGUCGCUGAAGAACAUGCAGAAGGAUUUAGCAGUUGGCUUGGCGACAGAGUUGCGGCAAUUGCGGACGGAACAGGAUCAGGAUAUGGAGCCAUUAUGGAGCGAUAAAGUCCAGCAAUAUGUUAUCAAACAUGAACAACUCCUCUUGAUUGCUGUUAGUUCCGGCUAUGGCGAGGGUGGUAAUAGCGGACAGCUGUGGACAUUUCCCGGUUGUGUAUUAUUCGCCAUAUCGUUAAUUACCACUUUAGGUUUUGGGGCACCUGUUCCGCGAACAACCGCUGGCCGCACAGUAGGAGUGAUUUUCGCCGCUAUCGGUAUUCCUGCCCAUUUCCUUCUUAUAUUGAAUUUCGGUCUCAUGGUGGCUUUUCGCUUACAAAAGUAUGCGCUUACCAGACAAGGUGUGCAACUCAACAGUGAAGAAUCGAGUUAUUCCAAACACAUGCCGAAAUGGAUCCAAAUAUUGUCAUUUGUUGGCACAGUCAUAUACUAUGUUUUGGGGGUACUAUGCUUCGGCAUAGCGCGAUCGAGACCGAUCGCGGCGAGUCUGCUGUUUCCGUUAGACUUCACUGCGGCAGGCGGUCUCUCUACUAUCGUCGGUUACGUACGAAUACUGUACGGUCUGUAUUUAGAAGGCGCUGUUACUAUCGCGGCGAUAAUGGUAGCUAUAUUAAGAGUAUCAGCAACGCAAAGUCUUACAAACAUUGGACUCAAGUAUGGCCUAUUGACGAAAGAUUAAUAUGUUUAAUUUACUUAUCAUCUUCUUCACAUUUUAAUUCAAGAUAAAAACUAUAUGAUCAUAUAAGACGAUGUAAUUUCAAAGAU